AUGGUAGUUAACGAGAAACGCUCAGGAAAAUUACGUAUAUGCUUCGAUCCACGAGAUCUCAACAAAGCUCUGCGUAGAGAGCAUUACCAACUCCCCACACAGCAGGAGAUAACAAGCCGCCUGACAGACGCCAAAUUCUUCAGUAAACUGGAUGCGAACUCUGGAUUUUGGCAAAUGCCACUUGACGAAGAGAGCUCUUAUUUGACGACAUUUAAUACGCCAUUUGGUCGCUAUCGCUUUACUGUGUUACCAUUUGGUGUCGUGUUUGCACAAGAGGAGUUUCAUAAAACUGUCAACGAGAAAUUUCAUGAUUUACCCGGAUGUGAGACGGACAUCGAUGACAUUUUGAUUUGGGGACGAACACUGGAAGAACAUGAUCAAAACCUUGAACGUGUUCUCAAUCGAGUGGCAGAUAUCAAUAUGACACUUAGCAAAGACAAAUGUCAGUUUCGACAAACCAAGAUAACCUAUCUGGGAGAAACGCUUACGGCAAAUGGUAUCAAGCCUGACGAGACCAAAGUUGAAGCAAUCAAGAAUUACCCCAUACCUACGAACAAGCAUGACGUCCAACGACUGUUAGGCAUGGUCAAUUUUAUCGCCAAGUUUGCACCGAACAUUUCAGACGUCACCGCACCUCUGAGAGAACUCAUCAAGAAGAACGUUGCAUUCCACUGGCUCGAAACACACGAGAAAGCGUUCCGAGAUAUACAGCAUUCACUAACUGACCCUGCUACUCUGCGUUACUACGAUGUAGCAAAACCAGUGACACUCCAAGUCGACGCUUCACAAAACGGUCUAAUUGGAGCUGCUCUAAUCCAAAACCAAGGUCCAGUAGCUUACGCAUCGAAAGCCAUGAACGACACACAACGACGCUACGCACAGAUCGAAAAGGAACUGCUGGCUGUUGUUUUCGCUUGCAAAAGAUUCCAUCAGUACGUUUAUGGUAAAACCAUUACUGUCGAAAGUGACCACAAACCUCUGGAAGCUAUUCUCAAAAAACCCUUGUCACUUGUUACGAUAUGUACGGGCUACCUGUACCGGUAG